AUGCGUGCCACUUUCGCCCUCAGCAGCGCCUUCCGCACUCCCUUGAUCCGCUUCGUCGGCAAGCGUUCCGUCCCCAAGACCGUGGACCACACUCCUCGCGUGCACCCUGCUUCCCCCGAGCGUGCCCUGCCUGACUCCUUCGCUUCCUACCGCGCAAAGGCCCAGCAGCACGGUCCUCUUGGUCGCUCUCAGUUCAGCGGUGGCAUUGGCGGCAUGCCCGGUGCGGCCCUUGGCCCUGUCCAAGCUGAGGCUGGUACUUUCUUCGACCGUGCCGAGCUCCCCACUCGCUUCGGUCGCUUGCCUUGGACCGAGGCUGAGAUCGAGGCCAUUGAGACCGGUGGCGCGAGCAUGUACGCGUAA